GAACAAGUGCGCUCGAGAGGAAGGGAAGCGCGCGUGUGCUCUGGUUGAGACAUCCACAACUUCACAGUCGCAAGUUCCAUUUUUUUUUUUACAUUGACAUUUUUUAGCCGCAUUUCUCCACGUGACAAGCUAUGUAGCUACUGUGCUUUAUUUUGACGACGGAAUUCAAGAUCGUAUGAAAAGAAACUUUAAACCAAAAUGUCAAACCGUGAGCGAAACAAAAAGAUCUUACUGGAACUGGUGAAGCAGCCCGACAACAACCGCUGCGCUGACUGCCGCGCGCCUGAUCCAGACUGGGCAUCCUACAAGCUGGGCGUGUUUGUGUGCCUGAACUGUUCUGGGGUCCAUCGCAGCCUCUCCAGUCGGGUCAAAUCAAUACGGUUGGACUUCUGGGAGGAUAACCAAGUGGAGUUCAUGAAAUCCACUGGCAAUGCCAGCGCCCAAGCUGUAUAUGAGAAAGCCGUUCCAUCGUACUACUAUCGGCCCCAACAUAAUGACUGCAAAGUCCUGAAGGAGCAGUGGAUUCGAGCUAAAUAUGAGCGGAAGGAAUUCACAGGAGAAACCAAAUAUCCACCACUGUCAUAUACCACAGGUGUCUGUGAAGGAAUGCUGUGGAAGAAAGGCAAAGGGAACACUCAGUUUCUUAAAAGGAAGUUCGUGCUGUCAGAGAGGAAAUUUACCCUGGUGUACUACAACAAGGAAGAUGAGUCCAAAGGCCCUAAAGCUGUGAUCCCCAUUAAGGACUUAAAUGUCACAUUUCAACCACAGAAGAUUGGUCAUCCUCAUGGGCUACAGAUCACCUUUCAAGAUGAAGAUCACAUCAGGAACCUCUAUGUUUAUCAUGAGAGUCCUGAGGAAAUAGUCACAUGGUACAAUGCCAUUCGCGCUUGUCGCUAUGCAUACCUGAAGACGGCUUAUCCAACUGGAAGUGACGAAGAUCUGAUACCAACAAUUACAAGAAACUACCUCAAAGAGGGGUACAUGGAAAAGACAGGGCCAAUGCAAAAGGAGCCAUUCAAAAAGAGAUGGUUCGUUUUGGAUUCUCAAAGCAGGAAGCUUUUCUACUUCAAAGACCAACUGGAUGCUGAAGCGUUAGGGGUCGUUUAUAUCGGCAACCAGAGCAUCGGCUACUCUUUAGAGAAAUACGCACCGAUGCAUUCCCGGGGGAACAAGUGGAAGCAUGGCUUUGCAGUGGAGACGCCCAAAAGGCAGUUUUUGUUCAUGUGCGAGCAAGAGAAGGAGCAGAGCGAAUGGCUGGAUGCCCUCAGAAAGGUCCUAUCUAGGCCCAUGAGUCCACAGGACUGUACCGCUGAAGCCAAUUUAAGGUAUAAAAGAUGAACAACAGAGAGACGCUGCAACAGGACAACAAUGAGAAACUGGAGUCAAAAUGUCUGCAGCUCAGCAGAUGAGGACCUACCUUCUGCCGCUGAGUCAAACUUGACUCUCCUAAACCAAAUGACUUAGUCACUUGAACUGACCGGGGGUCUGAUAUCUCAACAUCAGGGUCAAAAACUCUUGCAUCAGCAUAUAAAACGGACCCCUGUCACCUGAUAAUAUUUUGAGGUUUUCAGCAUGAACAUACUAAUUUGAGUUUUGUGAAUUUGGAAUUUUUAAAACACUGAUUUAUGUUGUUAAAGCAUGUUUUAUUACAUUGGACAUUAAAUAUGUUUAGUGAUUGUAUGAUCACUGAAAUAAAUUGUCUUUGCUGGAUUAUUGAUUAUAAUGGGUACAAAUAACCAGAAUACAUGUAAACUUACAGAC